AUGUCCCAUUCGGAGUGUCUCAAUCUAAACAUCACCGUCCCGUCUCUUCCCACAGAAACCGGCAGCGCCCUGCCAGUCAUGGUAUUCAUUCACGGCGGCGGCCUCAUCAUGGGCGCAAACUCUUGGCCGCAAUGGGAUCCUGCACGUCUCGUCAAUAUGAGCGCCGACAUUGGCAUGCCAAUAGUUGUCGUCAUUGUGAAUUACCGACUAGGUGCACCGGGGAAUCUGACGAGUGAGGAGUUGAGAAAUGCUGGGUAUCUAGGAAACAACAGUCUGAGGGAUCAGAGAUGUGCGUUGAAGUGGGUGAAGAAAUUCAUCGGUGGCUUUGGAGGUGAUGGAGAAAAUGUUACUGUGUUUGGGGUUAGUGCCGGUGCUGAACCAUUGUUCAGACGUGGGAUCAGCAUGUCUGGAACGCCGCUCAUGCUCAAACCACUCUCGCCCGCUGUGGCCGAAAAAUCUUACAAGGCUGUUCUGCAAGCCCUGGGACUCGAAGACGCUUCCACGCAUGAUCGUAUUCAGAAGUUACUUGCCAUGAGUCCCGAAGACCUGGUCCAGAAGAUACCAAUCAAGAUUCCACUCGCUCCAUACCUGGAUGGCGACAUGAUUCCCGAAGCGCCCUCAUUCGCGAACUUAUCAAAUGGCACGCUCCAGAGCUUGCACAACACUCGGUGCGAGGAGUUGUUGAUAGGCUCGUGCGCAGAUGAUGGAAACGUCUUCUAUUUCAUGGGUCUGAGUUCGCGUCUUCCUGGCAUCGCAUCCGCAAUUCAUACAUCCUUCUCCCGCAACCUCUCGGCAUCGGUUGCUCAAGCCGUCUUAUCUGCAUACGGUAUCGCACCUUCAACUCCAGACGAAGAGGCCAUGACAUCCAUCAUCAACUUAGGAACGGACAUCGCGUAUGGGCUUCCUGCAUCGUACUACGCGCGUGCUUUCAAGGGGAGGGUUUCCUCGUAUCUCUUUACUGAGCCAAAUCCUUGGGACGGCAUGUUCAACGGGAAGAGCGUGCAUUUGAUGGAUGCAGUGUUCCUGUUUCAGAACUUUAAUGAACAUAUACUUGAUCAGGCGAAGAAGACGGCCAGGAAAAUCGCGGAGGACUUUGUGGCUUUUGCGUACGGGCGGGCUGGUUGUACUUGGGCGGAGGGUCAGACUAAGAUAUAUGGGCCAGACUCUGGCGAUGUUGACAGGCUGGAGACAUUAAGACAAGAAGGAGCUGUCGAUCUCGAUGAGGUCAGUGUGGCGUGGGAUUUGUUUGUUGCUGGGAAGUAG